UUUACUGUGGUGGUGUCGGUUUGAAACUGUAAUUCAGCAUUUCAUUUCAAUUGUUUACAAUCGUAAUUUCUUGAUUUUGAGUAGUUUAAAGGUUUGCUUUAAUAAAUCUGUGGACUUUCUACAUAAAACAGUGCAAUUUAGGUCUUUGUAUCGUUAUUGUAUUGUAAUUUUUACGUUAAUCGAGUGUAUGAGAAUCUUGAAUCGUUGAGAUCAGAGAACGCAAUGUUGGACGGUGUUUGAAAAUGUGAAUCAAAAUGUGCCGAUGAUUCUUUCAUUCGAAUCUAAAGGACCUUGUUCUGAUUGAAAGACAUUACCGAAAAUGAGGUUUUUGGCGUUUCUUCUAGUGCUUCCAGCAUGUUUUGCACAUCUCAACGUCUAUCUUAGUAGUGCAGAAGUAUUGAGAUUAUUGGGUCUAACAGCUGAGCUGUAUUAUGUAAGAGAUGGCCAAAUCAACUCCUACGCACUUAACUUCGUUGUUCCCGUUCCUGCUAAUAUUGGAGAGUUGCAUUUUUCGUGGCAGAGCUUAACAAGACGACCGUUACCAUACACGCUGCGAGUGGAUGUCAUCUCUCAUCCCGAGGCUUUACACCCGCCAACCUUCAGUAUUCCAAGUACUGGCCUGGUGCCAACUGAACCACAAACGUGGCAAGUGGAUCUGCCCUGUACACACACGGUAGCAGCUGAAGUGGACGUCACCAUCGCCCUUAACAUCUCUACUGGUUCAUCAUCCACGACAUUACAUUUUAGAAGACGUAAAAUAUGCCUAAAAGAUGCUCCACGACCCGCUGUAAGAGUCGAUAAUGCCCCUCAUGCUCCUACUUCUGCUGAUAUAUUCUACGCUGGGGCUGGUUGUGCUGGUGGAGUUAUUAUUUUAGCAGCGGUCGCAGCAGUGGCUUGUCGAGCUCGCGCCAGGAAACUUCGUAGAGCAAGAAGCGAUGAGCAAGAUGCUCACGCGUUCUUACCAGACUCUUCCUGCAAAUCUGCAGCUAGCUAUACAAGCUAUAGGCGUCCAACAUCUUUACCACCGGUUGCUGCUGAAGAAAGGGCUAGAGAUCUACAACAAAGAAUAGCAGAGUUGACAAUACAAAGAUGUCGAGUAAGGCUACGAUCAGUGGCGAUGGAAGGCACAUUCGGUCGUGUAUACAGAGGAACAUACGCAGACGAAGAUGGCAGGGAACAAGAAGUGUUAGUCAAAACUGUGGCUGAACAUGCAUCACAAGUACAGGUGUCACUACUUCUUCAAGAAGGCUGCAUGCUGUACGGGCUUCAUCACGAGCGGGUCCUAUCCGUUCUGGGUGUCAGCAUUGAAGACCAGACGGCACCAUUCAUUCUAUACCCCUGGGGUCCAACCUGGAGAAACCUAAAGCAGUUCCUAUUAGCGUGUCGAGGAGUUGCAGUAGGUGGGGCAACGGGUGCUCCGCCCCCUCCAUUAACAACUCAACACGUGGUCAGAAUGGCACUUCACGCCUUAGAUGGACUUUCCUAUCUACAUUCGCAACACGUACUGCAUAAGGACAUCGCUGCAAGGAAUUGCGUAGUUGACGAGAAUCUACGUGUCAUGAUAGGUGACAACGCGUUAUGUAGAGACCUCUUCCCAGCUGACUACCACUGUUUAGGAGAUAAUGAAAACAGACCCAUCAAAUGGCUGGCUCUUGAGACACUCUCAAAGAAGCAGUUCAGUCCAGCAUCAGAUGUGUGGGCGUUGGGAGUACUUCUAUGGGAAUUGACGACGCUGGCACAUCAGCCAUAUGCGGAAGUCGAUCCAUUUGAAGUUGCUGCGUAUUUGAGAGAUGGUUAUAGAUUGCAGCAACCGGCCAAUUGUCCGGACGAAUUGUUCGCAGUAAUGGCCUACUGCUGGGCGAUGUCACCAGACGACAGACCAACGCUUCCACAACUGCAAAUAUUUUUACGUGACUUCCACGCUCAACUUACGAGAUUCGUCUAGACUUGAAUGUUUAACCAAAGACAAUAGUGAAGUGUCAGUGCGUUACCAAUGGCCUUAGCCUAAGUAAGGUUUUACUGUAACUGUAGCACUUUGCGAUUGAUUUUUCAUAAUACAGUUUUCAAGACAAAUCUUAUUCGACCAAUGCACGUUAGUGCUUUCUUUAGUUAUUAAACAGACUCUUUGUAACCAUGGUUACUGUGUAUGUAACCAUGGCGACACGGUGCCGGCUUUAUAACGCCAUAUGUAUUCACUUGUUAUAUUGUAACUACGGAUGUAUUCUACCAACCGGUAAAUUAAAUAUUUUUAACGUAGACAGUGCUAUGACAGUGACUUUUGGCACUACGUACUUGAAUCUGACAUAUAACUGAAGCCUUUUGAGAGCUAAGGCCCAGGAUAAUGCCGUAAGACUGAUAGUGUAAGAUAGAUAUCAUCACGUGUUUUUGCUUCUGUUCUUGGUACAGAUAAAAGGCAUUAAGAAUCUCUGUGUAAAUUGCUUGAAAAUUACAAUUAAAUUAUAUUUCUGAAUACACAUAUACAUACUUAAUGUCGUGUCCAAGAAAUGAUUUAAAAUGGGGAAAAUAUUGAAUUGAAUUUUUUAAUAAGGAUUUUUUAAAUAAUUACGUUAUACAUAAAUAAAGAACGAUAAGAAUACGAUAUGCUUACCGAAUGUAUGAACGAUAUCCAUAAUUUGAAAGAAAUGUGGUUUUUAAUGCAGACCAUAUAUAAUUUAAAAAUAUCUUUAAAGAAUUUAUUUAUAAACCGAUCUAAUAGUUUUGGUAGGUUUGGGUCAAACGUUCAACGUCGCCGUUUGACUUUUCACGCACAAAGCUAUGAAAUCCAUUCCAUUGUUAAAAUAAUAAAUGAUAACUUCAAUCUUUUUAGUUUAAAGUCUAACGAUAUUUUCCAAUCACUCGUGAGUCUAGUAAAAACUGAAUUUUAUUCAAAUAUGUUACGUAAAAGGCUAAGUAUAGCUUUGGAUCCUUAAUUCGGUAAAUAUAACGUAUUUUUCAAUGUAUGUAAAAAAUUUCGAACGACACAAUUGACACAGAGAAAUUUUGGCGCUUCGCCCUAAUCUAGAACUCAAGCAAAAAUAUGUGGUUUGUUACUGCCAUAUUAGAUAUAAAUGUAAAUAAAUAUUGAUGUGCCUCAAAUAUUGUAAAUUUAAUAGUACAAGACAAUAUAAAUGUAUGAUUGUUUGGAAUGGGAACCAUUUGGAAGGGUAAUGCUGGAUGCAAUAUGUCACGUUAAUUAAUACAUAUUAAAUUGAAUUUAUAAAAAUAUAUCCAUCGAACAGUUUUAACAAACGCUUUCAUCGUAAAUUCAAAAGGAAAGAGACGAUAGUUUAAAUGUGUGAUUCCUGUCGAAAGUGGAUUAGAUUUUGACUAUCCUCAAAACAAAAAUUGCUAAAUCAUUUGACUUUUUAAAUAUUAGCUAUAAUACUAGUUUCCAUUCAUUGUUAUAAUUAAUUCAAUUAUAAAAAAACAGAAAUAAGUUUUUUUUACUUGAACGGGGGGCAAACUGGCAGGAUGCUCACGUGAGGAUAAGUGAUACGGUAUCAACACUGCCAAAACACUCGCAAGUGUGUUGCCGGCGUUUUAAGAAUUGCUAUACUUUUCUUUAAGGACCUUAAAUCGUAGUAGAAAACUGAUUUAAAAUACGCUCGGUUGUGAAACGACGGACGUUGAGGGGAUACGGAUGGAAUUCUGCCUCGACGUCCGAUGAUGAAACUCUGCAGGAAUUAAUGCAAAUAAUUCUCUAGUUUUCUUCAGUCAAUAAUUGUUCUCUACAGUAUUCCUUCCAGGUGGUGUUAGAACCCAUCCUAUAUAUUAAGUGCCAAAAUUGUGCCAAUUUUGAAAAACCCAAUAGAAAUCUUAAUCAAAUUAUCUGUUUAUCUUAAGAAAGUUUAGCAUUUUGGUAAAACGGUUUACAGACACGCCAUAUUUGGUAUACCUUGUACCAGUAUUAUUAGUAGCCAGCAUAAAAUUUUGCGACGAAGGUUGUUGUAACUUUUAAUAUGUUUAUAUAAAUCUUUCUUUUUUUAAUAAAUUAUUAAUUUUAUUUAUCCUAUAUGUGAAGUAAGUUUGAGUUUUUGAAGUUAAAAAAAUGUGGCGCGUCUUAGUAAAACUUGUAAAAAAUAUCGAGAAUUGUACGAAAAAUUAUGAAGACAUGUAUAAACGCUAUAGAUAAUUUAUUUCUUGUGUAAGUACAUAAAGACUAUGUAUAUGUA